ACAGCAUGUAUCGCCAUGUCGCGUGUCACCGUCCUCUCCACGGAUUUAUAGAAGGGCAAGCAGCCUCAAUUGUUUGUGAACGGCAGGACAAGAACCAGCAAAGUUCUUUCAGUACCUAUUAAUUUUGGGUACAGAGCCGCUCAAUCCGUGGUCGGCUUUUCCUUCAACACCAUUAUCUAGCAUCACCAAAUCGCCAACAUGCCUUUCUUCCGUCGAGAAAAGUCUCCUCACCGGGCUUCGCCUGGCACAAAGACCCGUCACCACCAAAAGGCGGUUCACGACCCUCUUCCCAUGUCACGACGCCCUACUUUCGGGCAGUGGCUCAAGGGUACAUGGCUCGACAUUGUCACCAUGGCCUGUAUGGGCGCUAUCGGUCUUGGUGUUUACUUUGCAAAGCCCGCACCCGCCCGAUCGUUCCCCGUUACCUUUUCCGACGGCGAGAUAGUCUGGCCCGAGUACGGAUAUCCUCUCCGAGGCGAGAUCGUUCCCAUUUGGGCCGCUGCCAUGUUGGCUGCUCUUGUUCCCAUCUUCGUCUUCCUGGUGAUGCAGAUCCGUAUCCGCUCAUUCUGGGAUGUCAACAACGCCGUCAUCGGUCUUCUCUACUCCCUCAUCACCGCCGCCGUUUUCCAGGUCUUCGUCAAGUGGCUCAUCGGUGGAUUCCGACCUCACUUCCUUGAGGUGUGCAAGCCUGACAUGGCCCGCGCUCGCACCAUGGGAGGAUACAACAACAAGGGAUAUCUUCAGCUUUACUACACCCCCGAUAUUUGCACUGGCGACAAGAGUGAGAUCAACGAUGCUCUUGAGUCUAUGCCCAGUGGACAUAGCACUGCUGCCUUUGCCGGCUUCGUCUACCUGUACCUUUACCUCAACGCCAAGCUCAAGGUCUUCUCCAACUACCAUCCUUCCAUGUGGAAGCUCAUUGUCACCUACGCCCCUCUUCUCGGAGCUGUUCUCAUUGGUGGAGCUCUCACCAUCGACAAGUAUCACCACUUCCACGAUGUCCUUGCUGGUGCCAUCAUUGGUACCGUCUUUGCUUUUUCCGCUUACCGAAUGACCUACGCUGCUGUCUGGGACUGGCGCUUCAACCACAUUCCCCUUAACCGUGGUGCUCCUUUCAACUACUCCAUGGGUGGUGCUGAGCUUGUUGACGCCGUCUUCACUCGCAAGGUUGGCUGGGGGUCUCACGGUGGUAGCUCUCUCGGACAUGGACACGGACACGGCCUGAAGAGUGAUGGAUCUGAGCACAUGCAUGGCAACGGAUAUGACAACGGUUCUAUUCCCCGACGACCUGUCGGAACUGGUGCUCGUGGUGAGGAGAUGGUUUAAUGGGGUAAUAAGUUGAGAUGCGUUUCUGGGGAUGAUUGGAGAAGAGGACUGGAGUAUUAUGAACUCGUGUAUUUCUAAUUGUCCGAUUACGACUGUAUGAAUCUAAUACCUUCACGGCCGAAUAAAAC